AUGAUUACUUUACUCGUACCAUGGGUGUAUUACCGGCUUUUUCUGACAGUCGAAGCGCAACCACCAAUCCCUCCUCCAGAAAGACCGGAAUGUUCGGCUACUUGGCAAUCGCACGAUCUUUCUUACGUUCCUUUAUUGUCGCAGUGUUUGGAUUACUCGGAAGGUUCUGCAGUAACGUGCACACCAAACAAUCCAUUGACAUGUACCGGCCGAAAUCCGUUCUGCGCUUCAGCUCCUGGGAAAACAUUCAAAUGUUGUAGUGAUCGUAUACAGGACUCCGCAGAAAUCGGAAACUUAGAACCGGAACAUGUGAAACCAGUCUGUCCCGGAGGAGCGAUAGCGUUUCGAAUGCCACAAGUUAUGCUUUGCGACCCAUCAAUCGUAAAUAUCUGUCCUAGGGAUUAUACGUGCGUGGAAGCUGCCAACGGGCAUCUUUUGCCAAGAGAAGGACGAUCGCUUUGCUGUAAAACAUCCACACUUUACUCAUUUGCUUCUGUUUUUCAAGAAGUAAAGCUAUCACCACGAAUCGUUCCUAGUCCACCACUGUCAGCAGUCGAAUAUGUGAGGUUGAAUGUCCACACUUCUGCUACCAUGCACGAUCCAGAAAUCCGAACGGGUGACCAUUUUGUGCUGACUCCGUUUAAGCUUCUGGAGCCAGCACAUCUAAAAGGAGUCCAGCUAUACGUGGAACAAACUCAAGGAAGCUAUAUACAUGUACUGCUAUUUGAUCCGAUGACGCCAACAGAAAGUAUGCAGCUGUACUACGACAGAUCAUCGGAAGGUGGCCGAUAUGUGGAUUUGACUAAGCCUAUUGCUGAUGGUGGUUUCAUCUCGAAAAAAGUCUACAACGCUCCUCCAAUCACGAAUAUCGAAAAUCCACAGCGUCCUGCACCUAACAGAGAAUACCGCAAACUUUGGGUUCUACUUGUUUUCAAAACAACCGAUCCACUAACACGUCUGUACGUCUUUUCCACAAAGGAUCUGCAUGCAAACUACAAAACUGUGGCUGAAUUCUUGAGAUCGGAUACAGGACGACGAUUGGGGACACCUGUGGCCGGCACAUUCUUUUAUCUUACGUCGGACUAA